AUGUCUACCUCAACGGCUACAGUCGCACCUCCGACAGGCAUGCGGAAAAAUGGUAAAAACUGGCAUGGUACCAAGAAGGCUUUCCGCCCUACUGCGGGUUUGACCUCAUACGCUAAGCGUCAGGAGCUCAAGAAGCACAACGAUGCUGUCAAGGAACUUGAACGUGAGAUGAAGGAGGAGCAGGAGGCUGAACGAAAGGCCCGUAUCCAGCGCAUCAAGGACCGCCGAGAAGCCAAGGAGGAGAAGCUACGUUACGAGAAGAUGGCCGAGAAGAUGCACCACAAGAGACUCGACCGUCUCAAGCGCAGAGAAAAGCGCAACAAGCUGCUCAGCUCUUGA